UCAAGAAUUUCUCUUAAAAGGAGAAAUUCCUGACAAUCCCACAGAGCGUCGGAAGGUGAAACAGGCGUCUACAAAUUUUACCAUCAAAGACGACAGAAUGACAGACGGCCCCAGUAGGCAGUACAUGCGGCUAGUUGUCCUGUCAGAGGAACAGAAGAGGUUUGUUCUUACGGAGUGCCACAAUAACCCUGGGACUGGCAAUCACAGUGGCGUCAGAGGCACUCAAAACAGGGUUAUUGCUGGCUAAUAUUGGCCUACAAUUAUCCAGGAUGUGAAGGAAUGGGUCAGAUCUUGUCACCCCUGCCAGUUGAAUGACCCCAUCAAGACUGUUGUGCCAGUCUUGCAUUCCAUUAAGGUAAAAGAAUCUUGGGAGGUGCUUGGUUUGGAUUUGAUUGGACCACUGCCAGAAACAGCACGCAACAAUAAGUAUGUCCUUACCAUGACAGACCUGUACACCAAGUGGGUGAUUGCAGAACCCAUGCAAUCUAAGACAGCAGCUGAGUUGUCUGCAAUAAUAACCACAAAGUUGUACUUGUUCGGCAUGGUUAGGAAAAUCAUUACAGGCCAAGGGAAGGAGUUUGUCAACAAGUCUUCCAAAUUUAACUGAUGACAACAACAACAACAGCAUUUUCAGUACGCUGAAAAUCAAACAUGCUGUCUCCAGUGCUUACCAUCCCCAGACCAACGGACAGGAUGAAAGAACCAAUCAGAAUAUCAAGCGUACUCUCAGGAAGUAUGUGAAUGACAACCAUAAUGACUGGGAUCUCCACCUUCCUUCUGUGGUGUAUGGAAUAAACACUGCAAAGCAGGGAAAGAAUGUUCACAUUGUGGACCUCUAUGUUGUUGGCACCUGGAAAGACAAAAAUGUGGACCCAGUGCAUUGUUUGCCUGAAAAUGUGAGGUCCAAGGAUGUCAUACUAUUUCCAGCUUGGAGCAGGCAGCCGGAUGAAGAGGAACACUAUCUGCUCUGUCCACAUUGCAACCUUCAUUGACCCAGGAUCCUUGACUGAAAAAACAGGAAGAGACCUUGGGUUUUUUCCUCAACAGUGUACAGGGAAUUCCUGUGGUGUCUACAUGCUGAUGUAUGCUCUCAGCACCUGUACGUCAUGUCCAUCAACAUUCACAGAGGAGGAGGUGCCAUUGAUUCGCCAGUGGUGGUGCAUUCAGCUGAUGGAGAGGUUUUGCCUAGAAGGGCAUGGACAGAGAUUUGCAUACUGGACAGAAGAAGCAUCCCAACUCCUUCAGGGAACCCUUGAGCCUGUCUUUAGGGUGUCAAAAUCCACCACCACAAAACUGUCGCCCAGCAGAAGAGUUGUGGUUGAAGAGGACACUGAUAAGGUGCAACAGCCAGCCAUUGUGAGAGACAUUCAUACAGCGUGGUACUGGGUACACAAUCACAGAGACUUAUUCCAUGGGGAUGUGAGAGAGCCUGCUUUUCUGCAGAUGAACAACAAAAUGCUCUCAGGAAGGUCCUGGGGGGUGAAUUCUCUAAUGCAAAGGAUUUUGUUUAUAUUUCAGUGUCAAGAGGACAUGGAAACAUUUUUGUCAUACUGUGUUGCUGUACAAGGCCUGAAGGUCAAUGCCAUGUUCCUCAAUUGCAGUAGAUGAGUGAGUGAGUGAGUGAGUGAAGGAGGGAGGGAGGGAAUGAAUGAUG